AUGGACCCCCGUACCUGGUUCAACUGGUUUAUCUUCUACUUCCUCUACCGCUACGUUCGCCUUAUUGUUAACCUCUGGGCCUUCUGGACUUUCAAACCAAUCCCCAUUCCAGAAAAUCCCACUCUUUUCCCUUCGGACGUCACGGUCAUCCUGCCCACCCUGGACGGCGAAGGAGAAGAGCUGGAGAGAACAAUUGCCUCGAUCCUGGAGAACGAGCCCAAAGAGCUGAUGCUGGUCACCAUCGACGGGAACUUGACCAAGGCCGAAAAGACCAUGGCAAAGAUGCCUGCGGCCCAAUACAGCCGUAUCCGCUGCAUGUCGGUCAAGCAAGCCAACAAGAGGCGCCAGAUGGCCAGAGCCAUCCCCGAGGUUACCACCGAGAUCAUCGUCUUUGCCGACGACGAUGUCACGUGGCCUAUCCAAACACUCCAGUGGAUGCUGGCUCCGUUCGAGGACAAGAAGUAUGGAGGAGUAGUGACCUGUCAGAGACUCAGACGGGCGGAAAAUCCCAAUUUCUCCCAGCGAAUCUACGGAUUUCUGGGUGCUCUCUACCUGGAGCGUCGAAAUUUCGACUGUGCGGCCACCACGCACAUGGAUGGCGGGGUGCCUUGCCUUUCGGGACGGACUUGUGCUUACCGCAAGAGCAUCCUCCAGGAUGUUAACUUCACCAACGGUUUCACCAACGAGAAGUGGUGGUUUGGCCAAUAUCAGCUUAACGCCGAUGAUGAUAAUUUCCUCACUCGGUGGAUGGUUUCUCAUGGUCACGAGACUUACAUGCAGUACCACCCCAACUGUGAAGUUCUCACCACCCUUGAGGACAACCCCAAAUUCCUCAAACAAUGUCUGCGCUGGGCACGCAGCAACUGGCGAAGCAAUCUCACCAGCUUGUUUUCAGAGCGUCACAUCUGGACAAAACAACCGUGGAGCACUUACGCAGUCCAUCUCACUACAUUGUCGCCCCCUGCUCUUGUGGGUGAUCUCCUAUUAUGGCUUUUGUUGUGGCAGGGCAUUUGUGACUGGCCCGUUGACCAAGCCCAGAAUGCCGUCUAUGCUUUUGCUGCGUGGAUGACUUUCUCCAAGUUCGUCAAACUGAUCACCCAUUUCAUCCGAUAUCCUGUCGAUGUCUUGCUAUGGCCGGUGUCGAUCCUCUUCGGCUGGUUUCAUGGUGUCAUCAAGGUCUACGCAUUGAUCACUCUCAGCGAGACUACCUGGGGUAGUCGGGCCAAUGCCGAUGCCAGCGACUCUGGAAGAAUGAUCAAGCAAAAGAAAGCUCACGACUACUUUGACUCAACAGAUGAGAAGCUUCACGAGAAACUUCAACCUAACAACGAAAUGGAAUCCUACGCCACCUACGACCUAAAACGCGCUCAACCACCCUCCGCAUAG